AUGUUGGUACCUCCAGAAUUUUAUAAUGGAGAAAUUGAGUUAGAUUUAGAUAACGCUGUUUUUGAGGUUGAGACCGAAAAGAUUCUUGACAUGUAUAAGAAGAAUAUAUUAAAUGACAUAUUUGAUAAUGAUUAUUUUAAAAAUGAUAAGAAUUUAAUAAAAGCAAUAAAACUUGAUAAGAAAUUUAAAGAAUUAAAAAAAGAUAGAUUAAUUAAAAAAGGAUAUACAUUACAAUCUCUUACAGUUAUGCUAACUAUUUCAAUUAUAUAUUUUACAUGUAAAGGAAUUAUGGAUCAUUUCACGUUGUCUCAAGUAGUACCUAAUAUAACAAAUUAUAUAUGA